UCUUAGGUCAACCAUAUCAUGCUGCUACUGUCCUGCCUUCUACUCCCCAUGUCAAUGCUUGAGAAGAAGCGCAUCCUUUUUCAUUAACAUACAAAGCCUGAUCGCUCCUUACCAAUCCUUCAUUCUGUCAGUAUCAGCUGGUGUGUCUGAUAAUACUGACUAGAUCUCUUAAUCUUUUCAGAAGGACAUCUACUGUGAUUAUUAUCAACGAUUGGUUUCAAGCUGGUACUUCCCUCCACCAGCCUGAAGUGUCUGUUUUUACCUCCAAUAUAGGUGUCUAUUAUCCCCGCUUAGCUAUUUCCCCCCCCCCCCCCCCCACCCCGCGCCGCUACAUCAGCCAGCCCUUUGCUCCUACCCACAGAGCACACUUAACAGAUGGAUAUUGUUCUCUACUGAAACAAAACUUCCCAUCCCCCUCCAUAUGUUUGAUCCCUGCAAGCUAUAUACUCAUCCGUCCAGUGUAUCAUUCGUGAUAGGGAUAACCAAAGGUGCAUAAAACUACAAAUAUGAUUAUCUCAUCACGGCGUGAUCCAUAUGGGAUGGCUGUUCGCAGGACCCACACAGCAGGCAGCCUUCGGCUGGCUCCGCUAGUCUUGCGAGUUCCGUUCAUCAACUCCCCUCUCCCAUCACCAAGCCUUCCAUCAACAUUCCCUCCUCGUGCUCCCAGGUCCUCCGACUUGCGUGUUCUAAAACCAUGGUGGCGCUUAAGUCUAAUUCUCGGCUGUUGCCUCACCGUUACCUGGCUUACGUUUUCAAUUUGGCACAUUGAAGGUGCUGUCGUUGCUUGCCAAUCGCAUGGGGAAAAUGCACGCGAAAGUUUUGGAAGCAAUACAUUACCGGACACUCCUGGACCUAUUAUGAUCAAAGAUGAAAGAGGACGGACCCGAUGGACAGUCUCAAUUCCACCGGAUCAUAUCGUGCCACUGUCUCCCUCUACUUAUGCGAGAAUAUGCAUGGAGACGUGGGACUUGGCGGCUCAUGUCUCGUUAAUAACGAAUACUAAGUCACGAACAAUUGAUGGGCAACUCUAUAGAUUUCACUACCAGGACAAGAACUUUAUAGACAUUGUUGAUGCGCAAGAACUAGGCCUCCUUCCUAGCAAUUACCCUACCCAAUUCCCUGCUAAAACAAUGGCUGGAUUGGGACGACAGGAGCAUAGUACUGAAGAUUUACCUCCGUGCAAAAAGUCCUUAACCUUCGUGCUAGAGUCGGAUGAUGCUGGCUUCGGUGUAGCAUUGAUGGGUUUAUGGAUGGCCUAUGGACUCGCCAAAGAAGAAGGGCGGGCGUUCUUUAUUGAUGAUUCCAAUUGGGCCUAUGGCAAAUAUACUACAUAUUUCAAAGCUCCACCAUUACCGACAUGUCAUCCUCCAUUUAUGUCCCAGCGGAUACCAUGUCCCUUACAGGCGCGUCAUCUACUGGUUUCGCCGUCUACCUUCCGCUGGAUAUUCAACAAGAAUUUCAGCGAACGGUUUGAAAGCCGACAUAAAACUGGCGUUGAUCGGCAGAAGCCCAUAUUCUCGCUUCUUCGAACUGGAUAUGAGAAUCUCUUUCUUUUGAGCGACACCGACAAUGCGUUUUACAGGAAACGGAUCAUGCAGCUAAGGACCGAUAGGCAGGGGGUUCAGGUUGGGAUUCACAUACGGCGUGGUGACUGUCACCCUCUAGAAUUUCAAUAUGAAAAUUCCUACAUUCCCCUGGACGUUUACACCCAACGAGCUGAAGAACUGGUCAAGUCACUCACUGCUCAGUCCCUUUCGCAAGCCGCAAAGAACACGACGAUCGUGGCCUCUGACGACCCAGAUGUGUAUCUAGCGCCAGAAAUGAGACAUGUCCGGAAGGCCCAAUCAUAUAUCUCCCUAAUAAGUAAAUCUACGCUUGGCACGGCCUCAGCUACCCCCAGGCAGCCCGUGGACACGAAUAGUGGCUGGGAGGGGGGAUUUUUUAAUGGCUUAUUCUGGUCCCUGGGCUCCCCAUUUUCUCGGCCAAGAAGAAGUGAUAGUCCACCCCCAUCAAAAUAUCCUACUUCACUUUCUUCUUCCAGCGGUACCACUCAUCCCUUAUCGGGGCAGAGUGCUGAUACGAGCACCUUUACUUCGGAUGAUGACCAACUUCACCUCCAGUCCCUAGAUAAUGCGCUACGGCUACGUGAAUUUGUCGGUCGCGCAUACAUACUCGAUCUUGCUGUGCUUGGCUCGUCAGAUGCCAUAGUAUGCGGCGUGAGCAGUGUAACAUGUCGACUACUGGGAGUUAUACUUGGCUGGGAGAGAGCGAUUGGGCAAAAGAGAUGGAAAAAUGUGGAUGGUCCCUUGCAUUGGCAAAGCUUUAUUUGGUAGUUAAAUACGGAGUAUCUGACGGGUACGUUAUCGGUCCUAGAUAACAAGCCCUCACUGUAUGUUGGGUAUGUAUGUACAUACGUACGUACGGCACCCAUUAAUGGGCUCGCUGUCCCAUAUGACGGGAAUAAAUAGGGUGCCCCGGGGGAUGGGGGUUACCACAACAGCAAAUCUCCCUGUUCCUGUUGGUGGGAUAUUUGCCGAGAACCAUUAUUUUUUAGUCCUUGAUUUGACCAGGUAGGAGCGCUGAAUAUGUAACGCAGGACGGUUAACCAUAGAAAAGAGACAGUCAACUUAAACA